UCAUGAAUCUGCUUAAAAAAGCAACUUCUGUAUUAUGCUCAAUUCCAGAACAUAAAGAAGUGGAUCAAAAGAUUAUUCAUUUGUGUAUUGAUUAAAAAUGUCAAAUUUCAAAAAAGUCUUUAUGUGGCUUAUGUUUAGGAGAAUAGCAUUUUGGACAUAAAUCAAUUAAUCUAUCUAGUUUAGACACUCUUAUAAAAAAUGAAUGGAGUAGAGAACUUUAAUAAUACAAUUAAAAAAAUAAAGAUUUAACUGAUUGUAUUCAAAUUAGUAUUGCUGCAAUUUUAAAUAAGAUCAAGUUUUUGUAAGAAUAGAUAUAAAAAUUUAUAAAUUAGUAAAUAUAAGAGAGUAAAGUUUGUAUUUUAAAGCGUAAAUAUAUAGAUUAAUAAAAUUUGAAUGAAAAAGAUUUUGAAUAAUUAGCAAAAGAUAUCAGUGAUGUCAUAUUUUAUAAAGAAGGAAUUCCUGAUUUUAAACCAAUUGAUUAUGAACCAUCUGAUAAAUUUUAAAGCUUAGCCAGUAGAUUAGUAUUUGAUGCAGCAUUAUUUUGUAGAGAUAUUACAUUGGUAUCAAAAGCCAAUAUAAUUCAUUAAAGUUUUACAGAAUAAGUAUAAGAGGUUUUGUAUUAAAUUUAAAAUCUCACAAAUUUGAUUGAACGUCCACUUAGUUAGAUAGUUUAAAGUAAGAGAAUCUUUGGAAAUGAUAAAAGUGAUACUUAAUCAAAUUAGAAAUUAGAUUUUGAUUAAUAUAGUUAAAUAGGUGGUUAGACUCAGUUCUGUAUUUAAAAAUAAGUAAAAUUAAAGAGUUUAGAAAUGAGAGGAUUUGUUAAAAUUUAUGAUGAAUUCUUUAAUAAACCUUUUACUUAAACUCAUAUAGAAUUAAUAAAACUUAAAUGUAAUUCUUAAUCUUAAAUUUGUAUUGGUGGAGUAAGUAUAUAAGAACCUGAUUAAUUUAUAUUGUGUGCUACUGAUUAUGCUUAUGAAUUUUAUACAGAAACUUAAAAUUUAAAUUUAGCAAGAAAAAGUAGGAAUGGGGAAGUGUAUUGGUAUUAUGUUAGAAAUAGAUGUAUAGGAUUUAGUCCUAUGAGUAAAAUUGAUCUUAAGUAUCCAGAUGUAGAUAAUGAAGAAGGAGAUUUCAGAUUCUCUUUAUGGCUAUUUCAUGGAUAAGGGGGUUAUAGAAUUGGAAGAUUAGAAAGUUUAGAAUAAAGUGUUGACUAUAAAUGUGUGAUUUAUUUAAAAAAAUGAUUUAAAACCUAUCUUUUUAAUCAGUUCAAUAUUGUCAUGAUGAUUUCAAAGAGACACCUAUUUAUCAUUUGGCUUUCUUAGAAUCAUAAAAUUAAUUCGGACUGCAAAAAUAAAUAGUAUAGUAAAGAGAAAUUGAAUAACCUCUUAAUUUCAAUAAAUUAACUAGAGCCAAUUCAUGCAAAAUUCUUAAACCAUUAUUUUAAGUAGUUUUUGAUCCAAUGGAAAUUGAGGAAGAAGAAAGAAACAUUUAAGAAUUGAUAGCAUCUUAACCAUCAAUUAUUAAUGUGGCAUCUUAAGUUGACUUAGACUUAUAUUUUCAAAAAAUCAAUAUAAAAUUGGGUAAAGAGUAUAUGAAAAAUAAUUAUCUACGUAAUUGUUAUUUAGACAUAUUUGAAAAAGACAGUAUACAAAGAAAAUAAUGUUCGACAACUGAAUUAUUAAUCAAUUUAUUUAAGACAUCUUAUACAGAAUUUAUGAAUAAAUAAAUAGAUAAUAUUGGAAUAAUUAAACUAUUUAUUGAAGACAAUAUUGAUGCCUUCAUAACAGGAUCACUAAUACCUCCUCAAUAAGUUUGGCAUGAUUAUAAAAUAUUAAUUUUAGCCAUAAUAAUUAAAAUUAUGAGAAGUAUGUUUACUAGCUAUAUUAGUGAAAAGCAUUACAGGACAACUAAUUUAUGAAUGCAUGGUUGCUCAUUUAUAUUCAAAAUUAGGAUGUAUUUUUAAAAAUGAGGCUCCUUCUAUUCCAGAAUUUAAAGAUUAUUUUGAAUGGAAUUUUUGGAAUAGUGACAGAAAUAUAUAAUUAGAAAUAAAUAAUCUUACAGAAGAGGAAUAACGUUAAUUAAGAAUAGUAAGUAUCAUAAGAAAAUAUGCUUUUCUGUUUUGGAGUUUAUUAUGGAUUGAUCCUAAUUAAAUUUUAAACUUAAAUCCUGAUUUGCAAUAAUUUAGAGAAUAAUAAAAAAUACCUGCUUAUAGAUAUUUGAAUAAAGAUAGAUAAAUGUUUGCAAGCCUAAUAUUAAAAUUCAUUUAAUGUAACACAUUUGCUUUUGUUCCUGCCCUUAAUGCAUUAUUUGAUGUUGUAUAAGAUAAAAAAAUAUUGUUACCCAUUUUCAAUAAAUUUUAAGAUUAAUUGAAUAAUGAAGGACUCUUAGAAAGUUUAUUGGAUUAAUUGGGACCACUUAGGGAAUAAGCCUAUAAUGAGUUCUUUGUUUAACCAUAAGUUCAUGAUAAAGGAUUAGUAAGAAUUGUUUAGGGGAAAUUAAAAUUACUUAAGGAUGAGCCAAGUCAAACAGAAAAUGAUUUUUAUGCAAAAUUAUUUUUAAACGAUUAGAGACCUACAUUCUAUUAGGAUUGA